AUGACGAAGAAGAUGGCGAAAGCGGGCCGCUUCCUGGCCAAGGCCCUCGGCAUCAAGCUAGAGGACUCGCCCAACUUCCUCGUAGAGACCUUUCAUAGCGAGGGAUCCGAGUUCUCUGCCGAACACGACACAUUUCUCGAAGAGUCACCCACCACCAUAGAGUUUCUGAGGGACUUGGUUCCCUCGGGCAAAGCCCUCGCGGCGUACGGCAAGUCGCUGUUUCCGUGCAUCAGCUGGUUGCCCUCGUAUAAUCUUCACUGGCUGGCCGGUGAUGUAGUUGCAGGUAUCACCAUCGGCGCCAUUGUCGUGCCUCAAGGUAUGGCGUAUGCCAUUCUAGCGAAUCUCGAGCCCCAAUACGGUUUAUACUCGGCCUUUGUUGGUCCCGUCAUAUAUUGGCUGUUUGCCACCUCCAAGGACAUCACCAUCGGCCCCGUCGCCGUCAUGUCCACCUUGGUUGGCAACGUCGUGAACGAGGUCAGGCUCGUCCAUCCCGAUUACCCCGCGCACGUCAUCGCUUCCGCACUCUCCAUAAUCGCCGGCUGCAUCAUCACCGCCAUCGGCCUCUUCCGCUGCGGCUGGAUCGUCGACCUCAUCUCCUCACCUCACUCUCAGCCUUCAUGA